AUGCGAUCCCCUCAGGCCAUCCGCAACGGAGGCGAUAACCGUUCACCGACGGCGCAACCUCGUUUCCACUCCACGGUGGCCGAACACAAACUGCGUCGUUUCAAUUCCCUCAUCCUCAUCUUCCGCCUCACCACCUUCUCGUUCUCCCUCACCUCCUCCGUCUUCAUGGUCACCAACACUCGCGGCACCGAUUCUCCACGCUGGUACAACUACGACACCUUCAGAUUCGUUCUAGCUGCAAAUAGUAUAGUGGCGGUGUACUCUCUGUUCGAAAUGGGCGCGUCCGUGUGGGAAAUUUCCAGAGGCGCAACAAUCUUCCCCGAAGUGCUGCAAGUCUGGUUCGACUUCGGCCACGACCAGGUGUUCGCGUACCUGCUUUUGUCGGCGAGCGCGGCGGGGACGUCCAUGGCGAGGACGGUGAGGGAUAUGGACACGUGUACGGCCAGCAAUGCGUUCUGCGUGCAAUCGGACAUAGCUAUAGCGUUGGGGUACGUGGCGUUUCUGUUCCUAGGGUUCACCUCGCUGCUCUCGGGCUUUCGCGUCGUCUGUUUCAUUAUCAACGGUUCCCGAUUUCAUCUCUGAGUUGAUCUGGGAUUUGGCGUGGGAACGACGUCGUCGCUGUGCACAGGUCAGGGAGUGAAAG